AUAGGUUCGUUUCAAAUGAUAUUAAGUAUUCACUUAUGUUUUUAAAGAGCAAAUGCUUAUCUUUCAUACAUACGGCAAAUAACAUGUACACCAAUUUGUGCGUGUAAUAUGAUUGUGGAACUCCACUAUACAAGAAUUACAUUUCUCAGUGCCGUGCCGUUAGACUUUCUACUUUAUUAGUUCACCUCAAUCCCGUAACAUUGAAUGUCGACCCCAAAAAUAUUUAGGCAGACAUGUAGACAAAUAAUAAGUUUUGGUGUCCCGAGUCUGUGUGAGUAGGUUAAUUAUAAAUCCAGAAAAACAAAACACAAAUAAGAGGUUAGUUUAUUUUUCCGUCAUUCUUUACUUUCACCAUUCUAUAGAAAUGAGCAAUUAAUAUAAACAACAAUAUGUACAGAAAGCCGCAGGAAAUAAGGUGUCAACAUUAUUUGUCUACUGUCGGUCUAAUCUUCUUCGUGAUGUAAGUAAACGAAUCGCGCUUAUGUUAACAACGUUGUAUGCCGUCAUUCUUAUUUGUUGGGGGAAACACAAGAGCGACAUUCGCGAGAAAACCCUCAUGAGAUAAACGAGAAGUGAAAACGAAAUUAAACGAUUAAAUGCCAUUAUUAAAAUUAAAUUUAUGAAGAUGGCCUUCGAAAUAUUCGACCCUAGAGGAUUUUUAUUUCUAGUACUAUUCGCUAUACCGAUGGUAGCAUCAAGGAAUAUCGACUGCCACGGCAGAGGGUUUCACUGCGUAAACUCCACGCAUUUCAUGAUAUGCGUCGAUUUGGGCAUCGGGAUAUCAACAACUAUCGACGACUUUAUUAUACCCUGUCCACUCACAACAGUCUGCGAUAUAAGUAAUAUUUUCGAGUGUGAAUUCCCUAAGUAUGAGGCAACUGUGCCUCCACUUCAAGUUAUUGGUGUGACUGAACGAAGUGUUACAAGUGAAGCAACUGUAGUGAGUACUAGUGCGACAUCAGUGCCCUUGGUUGAAGUGUCAAGUGUAACAAACAAACCUGUUAGUAUUUCAUCGAUACCUGAAGAAGUAACGCCCGCUCCAGAGUUAGAGGUUCUAAGAAGCUUAAAUGAUUUUAAAGAAGCUUACAACGAAACAAGUACAACAGCAGAGGUAACAGUACAAACCACACCUAGUUCCGUAUUAAGUGAAAAAGCGACGGUUGGUAGUGUAGCAACUAUUCCUGACACUGUCAAUAGCAAUAGUGACUCCAAGGCAGAAACCACGUUCGACACAGCAGUGACAGUAUCUAUAUCCAAUAAUACGACGACUUUUGCCAAUGAAAUUUUAGAUUCAACAUUAAGUACUCCUGCACCAACGGUGAAUGCAGGCUCAGCAGUCGAUAACUCAUAUCGGACAGAUAAUAGUACAAUUAAUCAAAAUAGUGAUAAUAAUGCACUACAUCAAAAUGACACAGGAUUAAAACUAAUUGGCGAAUCUACGACAACUGAAAAAAUUGAAAUGUCCAGCAUGACUGAAACUAAAUUCACGAUGACUGGAGAAAAUGAGACGAAAACGGCUGAAGUGACGUCUAGACACGACAAUGAUGAAGCUAGCUCUAAUGUUAACGAUACACCGAAAUCUACUAUAGCUCCAAUGAAUUAUUUGCGAACUACGGGAAAACUGCCGGAUUCAAAUCCAAUUUUGAACACAGACACGGCAAUUGUGGACAAAAUAGUGCCGUCUUCUACUCCUACAACUUUAAAUCCAAGCAUAGACUUCACUAAUGUACCCUAUCUCAAAUUUGCAAUUUCGAAAACGAUUGUCAAUGUAACAACAAAUGCCGCUAAUAACGAUACAUCAUCAACGACUGUCUCUUUCAAUAUCAGUGGUGUUGUUGAAAAUCAUGCAUUCGUUAACAACGGCUUGACGACGCCAUCAUUUAAGAAUGACGUACCGCAGCCUAUUGCUACCAAAAACAUUCAAGGUGGGGAUAAUGCAAUGAAUGUUUUCGAUAAUCCUCAGGAAGUUAUGGUACGUAAUACUUUCCAGUAUAACGUCCCAAAUGAAAAUAAAAUUGAGAGAAAAAAUGACGCUAGUAAAAGAAUUCCAGACAAUUUGGUUCAAGACAAAGUUAAUCUUACAACUAUUAAUAUUGAAAAUAUUGCAAAUAGUAAUGAAACAAUAGAAAUUCAAACACGUAACUCUGUAAGCAAUGCUAUAGAAAGCUUACAGCCAACAGAAUUUACAAAUAGUAUUAGUAAUACAGUUGUAGAGUCACAAGAAUCCAAAACUACAACAUUAACAUCUAAUGUUGAUACUAAUAAUUUGACUUCUACCAAUCUGGAAAACCUAUUAACCAAUAUCGCAACAAGAGGAAGAACUAUUGAAAAUGUAACCGAUAUUAACCAGGGAAUAAUUAAUAACAAUAAUGUUUCUAGAACGGACUCUAAAAUAGAGAAUAAUAUUAGUAGGCAACUGGACUUAUCAGAAAACAAUAAAACGAUCUUAUUUACAAACCCAAGUGAAACAAAUAGAAGAAAUCGAAUCCUCGAAAUGCCUAAACAAAUUAAGAACACUGUUGAAGAAAUAAACAAAAAUGAAUUAACAGACUCUUCUCUUACCUAUACAGAGACAGUCAGUGAAGUUAUAAAUUCAUCUAUGAAUGCUAAUUCCACAAAGGUGCCCGACCAAAACACAACCAUUGAUCAGGAUGAAUUUAUUAACAAGACGUACAAUUUGAUUGAUACUGAUAAUAAUAUCGCCAGUCUUGAACCUACAGUAAUAGUGAAUGUCGGAGAAAUUACUAUACCAACGCCAAUAUCAAAGACGACUAAUACUUCAGAAGAUUUGCCACUGAAUAGUGCACCGACCCAAACCAGCUUAAAUGACACAUUACCGUUAAACAUUACGGGAAAAACAGUUUUAAGAGAAAAAACUGAUAACGCGAUAGUAAAACAAUAUACACAAGAAGUCAAAACUAUUAUUGAAAAUAUGCCGGAAGUUCCAAUCCCAAAUAAUGUUACAGAUGAAAAUACACAAAUCGAUUCAAUAAAUGUUUUAAAAGCCAACGAAUCAGACACCACUUUUGACAAUAUUACUUCUUCUAUUUCAACAUUAACAACAACAACUCCUUCAACAAUUCUAAUUGAUACAACAUUGACGCCGGUUCCAACAAACAUGAUACAAACGGGUCUGAAUGAAAUUACAACUAUUUCGUCCGCAACUAUUCUAGAUGCUACGGCAAAUUCUACUUCUGAAUCUACACUGGAACCUGUAAAUACGACCGAUGCAACACAAAUUACUGUUUUACGUGAAUCUAUACCUGCAGAAAAAAAUCAAACAAAUGAUCCCAACGGACCUUUGGAAACAAAUGUUGAUUUCAAUAAAACUAAAAGCGGUGAUGAUUUAACCCGUGCUCCACAACUAAUAAUACAGCAAACCGAGCCUACUUUACAGUUUGAAAGUAUGACGUCAUCACCGUCGGCAACAACCGUUCCAGAAAUACAGAGUGUGACAGAAUUUACUGUCACCAAUUCAUCGAAAGGACUCGUUGAAAAUUUGACAUUAACACAAGGUAACGAUACCACUACCACUGGUGACAGCAUUUUAACUGCGGAGAGUGAAGUUAUUAAUACAGUUGAAAAUGUAGCCACAAACGUGAAUGAAAAUAAUUCUAGUUACGUAAGAAAUGGUGAAGUUUUAGCGACGGAAGUAUCUGUUGAAUCCACAACAUCUUCAACUAAUUCAUCAAUAAUAUCUAUUACACAAAACCAACGUGAAGAAGCGACUUCAACAGUGGCAACUUCGCAGACACAAACUACUCAUUCGCCAUUUCAAUUAGAGCUUACGGAUGUAGUCCCAGAAAUUAAGGAAACGAAUGAAACACGUUCUAUUAUAUUACGGGAUGGAUUUAACAGCACUGUCACUCAAGACCCAAGAACCAACACCACAAUAGUUAAAAGGAUAAUUGUUGAUGAUACAACAGGCAUUGAAGCGCCGAUUCUAAAUCAAGACAGAGAAAUAUUACCUUCAACGCCUAAUCAAGAAACUAAGACAUUACGAUCAGUAGCUAGUACUAGUGCACCGAUAGCUAGCACUAAAGAAAAUGUUACUUUUAAUUUGAGAGACGACAAAGCUAAUAAUUUAACGAAUGCGGAAAAUAAUAUCACUAUAGUCAAACAAGAAAUAUUCCUUCCUUUUCAGGACAUAAUGGGAGAUAACCCUCCUAUGGCAAAAACUACUCCAAUAAUGAACUAUGAGGAAGUUAAAUUGGAGAAUGUUAACAGUAAUGUACAGUUACCACAACAACCUCCCAUCAAACAAAUACCUGAGAGAAACAAUUUCGUUUACGGCAUUUCAAAUCUGUCACCAGUUGUCGCUUUUUUGACACCAACUGUCAAGCUGAGUGAUGCAUCUUUUAUUUAUAUAAUACCCAGCGUGAGAAGAACAGAUGAGCCUCUAGAUCAAAGUUCAAAUCAUUUUUACAACCCUUCACCAUUCAGUAAAGUUACAACUCAACCAGUUUUGAAUUCAGUAACUGCACCAGAUUCUAUGGUAGAAACUAUACCGGUGAACGGCGCAAAAAUAAUUGAGAAAUCUCAUUUAGGAUUAGUUCUCAAUGAUACGAGAGUUAAUAACCUAACAGUUGAUUCAAAUUAUGGUCGUGCGACAGCGAAACAUAUAAAUAUUGAGAAAAUUGAAAACGUUACCACAACAGCUGUUAAUUUGACAGAAUUACACGAUAUUGAUCAAAACAUAAACAAAGAAAAAGCUCUUACGCUAAAUGAUGGCAAUAUGAAUUUUAAUACAACUAAAGAAAUAUUCUCUAAUAAGGAAAUUGCGUCGAACUAUCGGAAGCUUAUUCCAGAUAUUCAAGGUACAGGAUUAUCGACAGAAUCGCCAUUUAAUUUGCCACAAAAUUCUUUAAAUAAUACUGCAGAAAAUGAAAAAAUGUCUACUACAACUAACAUGGCUCAUGUUUCAAGUCAAAAAGAAAGUAGAGAAAUUUUAAAAUCAGCAAAUAAUUAUGUUAACGUAGAAAAUAAUAAUGUAACUUUUGUUAAAACAUCCAUUACUAAUAUAUCGCAGGAUUUCGAAACACCUAAUAAAUUAAAAACGAGUACAACGUUAAACAAUCAAGAGGUUAAUCUCGAAGAACAUAAUCAAACACAACGAAACGUAACGGGUAACGAAUUGAAACAUAACACUACUAUAAAGCCUGAUUUUGAACAAACAGUUACGAACAAACAAUUACAUGAAAGCAAUAAAGACAAAAACAACGCUAACGCUACUGCAACGACAUUUAAUUGUUCAAACCACACCCGAGGCAAAUACGCCGAUAAGAAAGAUUGCAGAAAAUUCUAUACAUGCGUAGGGAAUCUUCAACCUUUGGUUGGAAUAUGCCCAAACAACACUGUAUUCAGUGAUAUCAAUAAACAAUGUACCAGAAACUUAUCGCAUUGCGUAAGAAAUAAUCAGUUCAGAUGUUCACUUGAAGGGCGGUUUAAAGACUUCUUUAAAGAUAAUAUUUAUUACAUCUGUGUUAAAAAUACAAAAAAACAAUUUAUAAGAUAUAAAUUUCAAUGUAAUUCAGACUAUCAUUUAAAUAUGGUAUCUAUAAAAUGUGAGAAGAAUGCCAAAAACUCGACCCAGUCGGCGUCUUCUGUUAGUGACAACUCUCGAGUCGCUACAGAUGAAAGUCGUUCAGCAAUAGUAGGAGAAUUGAGUAAAAAAAAGUAUAAUACACAAUUCGAAUGUGAAGACGAAGGAAGUUUCUCGCAUUCAAAUGAUUGCAACAAAUACUACGAAUGCACUAAAGUAAACGAAGUUUAUCGUCGAAAAGUUAAAAAAUGUGGCAGCAAUGAAGUCUACGAUAAGGACAAGAAAAAAUGUAUUAAAUCUGAUAGUACAGAGUGUUAGCUCUUGAGAUAUUAUGUAUUUGUUAGUAGGAUUCAUAUGAUUAUAUUACAACGACAUCAGUGUUUUGCAUCAUAGUCAAGGUAAUCUACAUUAAGUAAACAUUAGCACACGCUGUUUGUCGCAUAGUUCUCAAAAUAGAUGAAUGUAAUGAUACUAAUUUUAACAUUGUUUUAAUCCCUUUAUUAAUUAUCUUAUUAAUUACUAACAUAAUAAUUUAUCUUAAUAAAACAGUACCUGUAUGCAUGUUACGCUUAAAAACCA